UGUUUGCUGGCCUGACAUUUGCCCACAACUGCUCUCUGUGACAUCACAUCUUCACUCAAGGCAGUUGGAUUUGGCUCCGGAAAGGGACUGUGGGCUUGAAACAGGCUUCCAAGCUUGGCCAACAACCUGCCCACCGAUCCACAAUGUGAUGGCACAAUCCAACGUGGCGCGGCUCGGGCAAGGCCUGGGAACCCCCCAGAAGUAUCCAGCUCCCUCCCUAUCUUCCAUCUAGAACCGUUGGACCUCCUUUCUCGUUACAUCAAAUAUGACUAUGUGCGUCGUAGAAGCAGCCCAAAGGAACAGCAAGAUGUCAGACUAGCACUCCCUCGCCUCGUCAGGGCCGGGCCGGGAAACCAUGCAGUCAUCGGGACACAGGUUCCGCGACGUCGAGCACCACCCGCUUCUGGCCGAAAAUGACAGCUACGACUCCUCGGCGUCCGAGUCCGAAAUGGCCGACCGGGUCUGGUUCAUCCGCGACGGCUGCGGGAUGGUGUGCGCAGUGAUGACCUGGCUCCUGGUGGCCUACGCAGACUUCGUGGUGACCUUUGUCAUGCUGCUGCCUUCCAAAGACUUUUGGUACUCCCUCGUCAACGGAGUGCUCUUCAACUGCCUGGCUGUCCUGGCGCUGUCCUCCCACUUGCGGACAAUGCUGACUGAUCCCGGGGCUGUUCCCAAAGGAAACGCCACGAAAGAGUUCAUGGAGAGCUUGCAGCUGAAGCCAGGCGAGGUGAUCUACAAGUGUCCCAAGUGCUGCAGCAUCAAGCCAGAGCGGGCCCAUCAUUGCAGUAUCUGCAAGCGGUGUAUUCGGAAGAUGGACCAUCACUGCCCGUGGGUCAACAACUGUGUUGGGGAAAGGAACCAGAGGUUUUUUGUGCUUUUUACGAUGUACAUAUCUCUAAUUUCAGCUCAUGCUCUUGUCUUGUGCGGGUUUCAGUUCUUUUCCUGCGUUCGAGGACAGUGGAUUGAAUGCAGCGACUUUUCCCCUCCCGUGACAGUCAUCCUGCUGAUCUUCUUGUGCCUUGAGGGUUUCCUGUUCCUUACAUUCACCGCUGUAAUGUUUGGCACCCAAAUCCACUCCAUAUGCAACGAUGAAACGGAGAUCGAAAGACUGAAAAGCGAGAAGCCCACCUGGGAGCGGCGGCUGCGCUGGGAAGGCAUGAAAUCCGUCUUUGGGGGCCAGCCUUCCCUGCUGUGGAUCAACCCCUUUUCUGGAUUCCGAAUCAGGCGGCUGAUGCUCCGAGCCAAGAAAGGGGGUCCCGAGUUUUCCGUCUGAGCCGGCCAAUCACCAUGGAACUCAUGAAAACAAAACAAAACAAAAAAGUAGUAUAUUGUAUUUAUUGAGCGCAAGGGGAAGGGAAACCCGUCCCAGUUUAAACCUGUGAGCAGUGAGGAUCGACACGUAUGGAACGUUUUGCUUGUAGCAAGCAGAAUUUUAUACAUUUAUAAUCACAGGCAUCUCAUUAACUCUUGGAAGCGAUAGGCGGGAUCCCGCCACGUAUGGCUUCGCAGAAGGAACAACCAAGGAAGGUGGAUGGGCACAUUCAAGAAGCCAAAAUAAUUGUCUUUACUACUGUAACUUAUUGUUUUUAGAGGACUAAUUGUGCAUUUAUUUUUUAUUUUUUCAACCCUCUUUUUGUUUUAUAUGCGUGUACUUUUUGUUUUUUAAGAAUUGAUAUCUGCUGGGUAUGUGUUUUUUAUUUUAAUUUUUAAUUAAGACUGUGCACUCUGGCACAGCUUAUCAAUCGUGAUACAUAAAGGCAUAAGUGCUGGAAAUCGCUCUCCAAAAUCAGCACUUUCUGUUUGUUUUGAUCCCAUAAUUAUCAGGCAAUGUGUAACCCAUUCAUGUAACCUUUUUUUCAGUUUGUCCUAAGAGCCCGCUGAGCGAUAUCUCUGCAUCUCUUGUCCAAAACCCCAAGGAUAAGCAGCUGUUCAUUGCCCAACAUUGCUAUAGCGUCACUCAGUCUCUUUUCUUUCAGUGGCUGGAUUAUAACAUGUUAACUGUGUGCUAAUCUGGUUGCAGUGCUCUCAUUUGGCCCUGGAUAUUUGUGCCACUUUUGCUGAUCAUAAGCAGUUAAAGGAGCCUCCGGUGGCGCAAUGGGUUAAACCCUUGUGCUGGCAGAACUGAAGACCAACAGGUCAGAGGUUCGAAUCCAGGGAGAGCGCAUAUGAGCUCCCUCUGUCAGCUCCAGCUCUCCAUGCGGGGACAUGAGAGAAGCUUCCCACAAGGAUUGUCAAACAUCAAAACAUCUGUGCAGUGUCCGCUGGCAACGUCCUUGCAGACGACCAUUUUCCUCACACUAGAAGUGACUUUCAGUUUUUCAAGUCGCUCCUGAGAUGAACAAAAAAAAAGCACUUUAAGAAAAGAUGGCUGUGGUGUCGAAUCCCAUCAUUUUGGGAUCCAAACAUGGAUGGCUCUCAUUUUCCUUUGAUAACAAUUUCUGAUAAUGUGUUGUCGAAGUCUUUCAUGGCUGGAAUCACUGGGUUGCUGUGAGUAUUCUAGGCUAUAUGGCCAUGUUCCAGAAGCAUUCUCUCCUGAUGUUUUGCCAACAUUUGCCAACAAUAUUAAUACAAUAUUGCUGCUAUUGUAUUAAUUUGAUUGUUUUAAUUAGUUAUAACUGUUGUCGUUAUAUUGUAUUUCGUAUAUUGUAUUUUGUGAAUUGUCAGGCAUCGAAUUGUGCCUUUUGUAAGCCGCCCUGAGUCCCCCCUAGGGGGUUGAGAAGGGCGGGGUAGAAGCACUCCAAAUAAAUAAAUAAUAAACAUAUAUGGCAGACAUCCUCAGAGCUGGUGAGGUCUGUUGGAACUAGACAAGUGAGGUAUAUAUGCUUGUGGAAUGAUGUCCAGGGUGGGAGAAAGAGCUCUUGUCUGUUUGAGGCAACUGUGAAUUGGCCACCUUGAUUAGCAUUUAAUAGCCUUGCAGCUUCAAGGCCUUGCUGGUUGCUGCUUGGGGAAUCCUUUGUUGGGAAAUGUUAGCUGACCCUGAUUCAUAUUGUCUGAAAUUUUCCUGUUUUGGGGGUGUUGUUCUUUAUUCACUGUCCUGAUUUUAGAGUCUAGAGUUGAGGCAGGUGUGAAUGUUGCCAAUUGCAAAAUACUAGAAGUUCCAGUAUAUACAAUGGAAUAGUAAAACUGGGUUGCUGUGAAACUAGGCAAGUGGGGUUUAUAUAUCUGUGGAAUAAUGUCCAGGGUGGGAGAAAGAACUCUUUGUCUACUGGAGGCAAGUGGGAAUGUUGCAAUUGGAAAAAUUCACACUUGUCUCAACUCUAAACAGAAUGGAGGAAACCAUGAAAAUGAACAAAAUCUGGCUACCAGUAUUAAAAAGCUCUAAAAUCAAGACAGUAAAUAAAGAGCAACACUCAAAAAACAGAGGAAUUCCAGAAAAUAAUCUUUCAGGGUCAGCUAAUCAUCUCCCAACAAAGGAUUCCCCCAGGCAGGAAGCAGCCAGGCUUUGAAGCUGCAAGCCGCUCCGAGCCCUAGGGGAGUGGCGGCAUAUAAGUUUGAAUAAUCUAUAUAAAUAAAAAUGUAGUGUUCGUUUGUGGGAUUAACAGAACCCAAAAACCACUGGGGGAAUUGACACCAAAUUUGGACACAAGGCACCUAACAGUCCAAUGUAUGUCCUUCACUCAAAAAAAUUGAUUUUGUCAUUUGGGAGUUGUAGUUGCUGGGAUUUAUAGUUCACCUACAAUCAAAGAGCAUUCUGAACCCCACCAACGAUGGAAUUAAACCAAACUUGGCACACAGUUCUCCCAUGAACAACAGAAAAUACUGGAAGGGUUUGGUGGGCAGUGUCCUUUCGUUUUGGAGUUGUAGUUCACCUACAUCCAGAGAUCACUGUGGACUCAAACAAUGAUGGAUCUGGACCAAACUCUACACGAAGACUCAAUAUGCCCAAAUGUGAACACUGGUGGAGUUUGGGGAAAAUAGAAUCUUGACAUUUGGGAGUUGUAGUUACUGGGAUUUGUAGUUCACCUACAAUCAAAGAGCAUUCUGAACCCUACCAACGACAGAAUUGGGCCAAACCUCCCACACAGAACCCUCAUGACCACCAGAGUGGGCCACAGCAAUGCGUGGCAGGGGACGGCUAGUAAAUAAAAUAAAUAAGCCCAUUCAGUGCUACCCAAGGUGACCAAUUCUUUCCCUCACCCUGGACAUUAUCCCACAGAUAUAUAAACCCCACUGGCCUAGUUUCCAACAGACCUCUAUGCAGAUACCCUCACUGAUUGACUUUGCAGUUGCAAGGCUAUUCAAUGCUAAUCAAGGUGGCCAAUUGCAACAUUCACGCUUGCCUCCAACAGACAAGAGUUCUUUUUCCCACCCUGGACAUUAUUCCACAGAGAUAGAUGCAAAGAUAGACCCCACUUGCCUAGCUUCCAACAGACAUCAAAACCUCUGAGGAUGCCUGCCAUAGAUCUGGGUGAAAUGUCAGGAGAGAAUGCUUCUGGAACAUGGCCAGACAGCCUGGAAAACCAACAGCAACCCAAUGUCUGGUAACUUCCCAGGAUUGGUAUGUUUUCCCAUUGUGAAAGAGCAAAAUGCUUCCUUGCAAAAACCUUAAAAGGAAAA